GAAGAUUAUAAGUCCCAAAAAUGCACCGCAAGCUGAAUCCUAGAGGCGGGGGUGCGAAAUGAAGCUAGCGUUGACUGUUUCAGGCUUCUGCGGAUGGUUGGGCUCCUAAGAUGCAACGGAGAGGCAGACGCCCAUACCGAAAAUGGUCGCCUCUUCUUGCCGUCUCACCUCCAGAAUCUCGAUUGAUCCAACUAAAAAGUAGAGUUUGGUACUUGGUUCCUUAUCGAUCGAGGUCGAGGGGACUAGUGGAUGCAACUUCCUUGACUAUCUUUGUACGGACGAAAAUUAAUUUAAUCAAUAAGAGUGGAAGAAAAAUCAGA